GCCGCCCCGCUCCAGCCCGCAGCCGGGUCCCCGCCGCCCCGCCCGGCCCGGGGCCAUGUCCCGCCGCCACGGGAGGAUGCAGCCGCCGUCCGCCCCCCUGGCUUCGCUCCUGAGCCUCUGCCUGCUCGGGCUCCUGCGAAGAAGCCUGGGCACCGACACAGAGGAGCGGCUGGUUGAGCACCUCCUGGACCCGUCCCGCUACAACAAGCUGAUCCGCCCGGCCACCAACGGCUCGGAGCUGGUGACGGUGCAGCUCAUGGUGUCGCUGGCCCAGCUCAUCAGCGUGCACGAGCGGGAGCAGAUCAUGACGACCAAUGUGUGGCUGACGCAGGAGUGGGAGGAUUACCGCCUCACCUGGAAGCCAGGGGACUUCGACAACAUGCGGAAGGUGCGCCUGCCCUCCAAGCACAUCUGGCUGCCGGAUGUCGUCCUCUACAACAAUGCCGAUGGGAUGUACGAGGUCUCCUUCUACUCCAACGCGGUGGUCUCCUACGAUGGCAGCAUCUUCUGGCUGCCCCCGGCCAUCUACAAGAGCGCCUGCAAAAUCGAGGUCAAGCACUUCCCCUUCGACCAGCAGAACUGCACCAUGAAGUUCCGCUCGUGGACCUACGACCGGACGGAGAUCGACCUGGUGUUGAAGAGCGACGUGGCCAGCCUGGACGACUUCACGCCUAGCGGCGAGUGGGACAUCAUCGCUCUGCCGGGGCGGCGGAACGAGAACCCCGACGACUCCACCUACGUGGACAUCACCUACGACUUCAUCAUCCGCCGCAAACCGCUCUUCUACACCAUCAACCUCAUCAUCCCCUGCAUCCUCAUCACCUCGCUGGCCAUCCUGGUCUUCUACCUGCCCUCCGACUGCGGCGAGAAGAUGACGCUCUGCAUCUCCGUGCUGCUGGCCCUCACCGUCUUCCUGCUGCUCAUCUCCAAGAUCGUGCCACCCACCUCGCUGGACGUGCCGCUGGUGGGCAAGUACCUGAUGUUCACCAUGGUGCUGGUGACCUUCUCCAUCGUCACCAGCGUGUGCGUGCUCAAUGUGCACCACCGCUCGCCCACCACGCACACCAUGCCGCCCUGGGUCAAGGUGGUCUUCCUGGACAAGCUGCCCACCGUCCUCUUCAUGAAGCAGCCGCGCCAGAACUGUGCCCGCCAGCGGCUGCGCCGGCAGAACCAGGAGCGGGCCAGCAGCAGCUGCUGCCUGCGGGAGAGCGCCCGCUCCUGCACCUGCUUCGCCAACCAGGCCACCAUCAAGAAGCUCGGCGUGGGGGCCGGCCGGCAGGUCACCGAGGCGGCUGACAGCGCCAAUGGCUACCGGGAGCGGCAGGGGCAGGCCCCGGCGCCCAGCCAGAGGUGCUGCUGCGGGGUGGAGGAGGCGGUGGAUGGGGUGCGCUUCAUCGCAGACCACAUGAGGAGCGAGGACGAGGACCAGAGCGUGAGCGAGGACUGGAAGUACGUGGCCAUGGUGAUCGACCGCCUCUUCCUGUGGAUCUUCGUCUUCGUCUGCGUCUUCGGGACCAUCGGCAUGUUCCUCCAGCCACUCUUCCAGAACUACGCCACCAACUCCCUGCUGCAGCUCAACCACGGCCCGCCCAGCUCCAAAUAGGGCUGGGGGAAGGCAGGCAGCCCUGCCCCGUGUGUGCGGAGCCAUCACCCCCGGGAACCUUCGCAGCCACAUGGCAAAGACAGCGGCCUGGAACACGUGGCUGGAGCACGCCGCCCUGGGGGGUUCCCGGGGCAGUCUCGGGAUGGGGGUCUCAGGGCCUUGCUGCUGUUUUCAGUGCUGCCUCCACCCAAGGGCAUCCUGGCUCCCGCUGCUGGGGCGGCUCCACGUCUGCCCCAUUGAGAGCAAAGCCCCAGGAGCUGACGGAGGAGACCGGCCAUGAACCGGGAGCAGCUCUCAACCCAGACCCAGGCAGGGUGCAGCUCGAGGUACCCCAGCCCUUCCUGGGAGGCAUGGGACUGCUCCAGCAACUGCACUGGGGGGGUCAAGGAGGGCUCCCCUCCCCCCAGAGGUUAGUGAGGCCAAACGAUCCCCGCAGUAACAAGGCAUGAGUGGAGUGGGGUGGUUGAUCUCUGCUGUGAAGUCUGCUGCCAGGGUGGCUCGGUGCCAUCCAGUCGCACGCAGCAGGGGCAGGGCCGGCGGGGGGCGCUCCAGCUCAGCACGGCAGGGCCCAGGCACCAUCUGGGGGUGAACGGGCCCCAGGCUGCAGUGAACUGUAUCCCUGGAAGCUGGGGGGGGGGGGGGAGGGUGCGCUACCAUGGGCGGUCUCAGACAUCAGUUGCUGUUUCCAGUGUCACCGCAGUCCAAUAAAUAAUCACACGGACACCGGGCGGGGGGGAGGGGGGGGAGAUUUGUUUAAAACCUGGUUUAAUUUGACCCCCCUUUAUUUCUAAGGCCGUCUCCAGAGCAGGGGAGCGGCAGGGCCGGCAGGGCACAAGGAAGGGCUGCAGUUCUCCAGGUGUGCUGGGAACUUUAAUGCAGCGGGGGAAGGAGAGAUCUGACCCCCUUAAAGGCAAAGACCUGGGACAGUGUGGACGCAGGAGCGAGCCCUGCAGGGACAGGCCGCCCUGGGCUGAGCAGCCCCCCCCCCUCCCCCCCCGUUCCAGCUGAAACAAUCAGUCGGGGGCAGAACCGUGGGUCAGGCUGGAGCGAGAGCUCAGCGGGUUGCUGGGCCCAGGGAUCGCCAAGAGGAGCAGCAGCAUCCCUUUCUCGUUGCGAUUUACAUGCUGUUCAAGCCGAGCCAGAGUGCAGUGCCCCUGGCCCUGGCCGGGAGAGGUCUCGUGCCGCUGCAGAUCACGGUCAGUGCUGGUGGAAGAUGUCGGUGAGACGUGGGCGCGACCGUGCAGCGAAGCGGGAUUCCCCCAGUGUCACAGAGUGUGUAAAGUGCAUCGUGCGGGCUUAGUGCUGCGAGGCAGCGCACUGGGCAAAGGGGCGCCCGUUUAGCUGAUGGCACUGGGACCUCCAUAGAGCCAUCUCUCCAUAUUACAGCCACGAGCCAGCUGGAUCGGGAUCCUUGCAGAGACACCCAGGAGUCCCCCGUGGCCCACUGCUCUGCUCCUCCUCUUUUUAGUUUCCCUCUGCAAGACUCCAAGGGUGGCUCAUCAGAUCUCCGUAUAACUGUCAGGCUGUGGGUGAGAGAUCCCAGGGCCUGUUCCUUCUGACAGAGCCCUCGGCCAUUCCCUCACGGGUUCCAGCUCUGCUGGGGGGCGAGAGGCAGCAGAUACACCCGUAGCUCGAUUAGAUCAUUAUAAACUGUGUCCAGGCCCCUGCCUGGUGCCCUGGAACUGCUGAGGAUAGGAGUGGGGUGGAGGGAGGUGGACAGUGCAUGUGCAGAAUGGAAACCCAAGGCCAGUGCCACGGUCCCUGGGCAGGCAAGAAUUAGCCUCCUGGGUGGAAAUUUUAAAUCAAACAUCUCCUAUAAAUAGCGUGAAUCCUCCAGGCUGCUUGGAAGGGCACCACGGAGCAGACGGACAGGCUGAGCACGUCAUGCUGCUGCAAGUCUUGCUCUGUAAACAAUCGCAGCCAGGAAUUUCUCAGCUUUUCCCCCGGCAGGCACAAAGGGUCCUGGCCUGCUCCCGAACUUCUGACCGCUGGUAGAUUGCCACUUACACUGCACCCAGCUUGGCCCCCGGGGGAAGCGGGAGUAGAUUUUAGUGACAUUUCAAAUCAAAAGAUGUUUGAGUACGAAGCGGCCACGACAGAAGAGCCCCCGCGGGCCGGAGAAUGCCGACCUGGCUGCUCAGCUGCCCACGGAGCGCUCAGGAUCACUGUCCCACCUGCCGGACAUCUUCCCCGGGCUCUGCUGCAGAGCGGCUCAGGGACAAGCCCUCUCUCCGCUUUGCACGGUGGCAGAAUCCAAAGUCCUGGAGACCAGUCAGAGCAGAGCUCUGCAAUGCCAGGCUAGCGUUCGGGAGCGGGGUGGCUCAGAGAGGGAAUCCAGCCCAACCUUGCAUGCAGCACCUUGGCCCAUGCCUGGAGAGAAAAGGCAGCAGCCCUGGGCAGCCCGGUGGGAUGCUGCCUCCAUGUGCCCUAGGCUGUUUCAGUCAGACUGGAUGCAGGAAGACAGCUCCCGUUCUCUGCCUACUCCUACCCCUUCGCUUUAAACAGUGGCUCAGUCACGCUCUUGGGUUCUGCUUCUAACUCCCCCGCCCAGACACGGGAGGGAGCAGUACCAGGCCUGUACUCACCGGGUACGUAACAGGGUCCCUUUAUGGCAGGGCAGGGUGAGCUCUGCUCGGGCACUGGCUGGCUGCUUUGAAGGAGUCUCUUUAGCCCCUUUCGGCCAUUGUUUUAUUUUUUGCAUCAUGUUUUCACCGAGUCAUUGACAAGUCCCCCUUUGCUUAGCUUUGAAGGCACCCGGUUUCCCAGUGGUUACAGUGGGACCCUGUGCAGCCACGAGGCGUAACCCUACCCUGGAGCAAUAGCCAGGGGCCCUGCAGGCGCCUUCUGCUCCAGCUGGCUGCAGCCAGGAGCUCCAGGCCUUGGCAGAGUUUUGCUGUUCUCCUCGGUUUUCAAAAUGGCCUAAGCGCCCAUCACUGGCACUAUACCUCGCAGGCCUGGUCCCCAGCGCCGUCUACUGCUCCGAGCGAAGCGAGAGCCAGCGGUGCUCCAGGAAGGGGCUGUACUGUUCUGACAUGUAAUAAAACUGCUCUUGGGCAGGACA